AUGGAAAACGAAAAGGACCUAAAGACCCCGACCUCAGACUCCUCAGUGGGGCAUGUGGAGUUUGUUGUUGGUCAUCCAGAUUUCGACGAGUCGGCGGUCAGUUGGUACAAACAACCUAUGCUCCGGAGGCUAUACUUCAUGAUGCCACUCUUGUUUCUUGGUUCCACCACGCUUGGGUAUGAUGGCAGCCUUCUCAAUGGUCUUCAGACAAUGCCGUCCUGGCAAGAUUUUUUUCAUCAUCCAACUGGCGCACUCCUCGGUAUUUAUGGUGCCAUUCCGGGCUUCGGCGGCCUCGCUGUUCUGCCAUUUGCACCAUACAUCGCCGAUUACUUUGGCCGACGGAAUGGUACCGCUCUUGGCUGCGUUAUUAUCAUUAUGGGCGCCUUACUGCAAUCGUUCCCUCCCGCUUCGAAUCCCAAAGCGAUGUAUCUGGCAGGACGCUUCUUCAUCGGCUUCGGGAGCAACAUCAGCAACGGAACAUGCCCCUUGCUCAUCACGGAGAUUGCGCACCCCAGACAUCGAGGAAAGCUGACAACAUUGUACAAUACGUUGUGGUAUCUUGGGGCAAUCAUAGCCGCAUGGGUGUCCUACGGAACUCUGACAGGUUAUUCCGGAAAUAUGGCGUGGCGCUUACCGACUGGUCUCCAGUGCUUGAUGCCUGGAAUUCAGCUUCUCACUCUCUACUUCUUCCCGGAGUCGCCACGCUACCUCAUCAGUCGAGGUAGGGAAGCACAAGCAAAGGCAAUCCUCAUCAAGUAUCAUGGAAAUCGAAACGAAAACGAUUCGUUUGUCAAUUGGGAGUUCGCCGAGAUCCGCGACACUUUACGUCUAGAAAGGGAGGCAGCCGCUAAGAAUGGCUGGGCUGAGAUGGUCAGGACCCCCGGUAACCGCAAGCGAUGCAUCUUGAUCAUCCUUACUGCCAUCUUCUCUCAAUGCUCUGGCAACGGACUGGUGUCCUAUUAUCUGUCGUCCAUCUUGAAGACAAUCGGUAUCACCGAUCCCAAACAGCAAGCUCUUAUCAACGGUGGCCUCACAAUCUGGAGCUGGCUCGUCUCCCUCUGCUUCGCCUUCACAGUUGACAAGAUCGGCCGCCGCGUCCUUUUCCUCGGUGCCGGCGUUGGUAUGCUCAUAUCAUUCACGAUCUGGACAGCCUGUAGCGCUGUGUACGAAAAAUCAGGCAGCUCUGCAGCCGGCUACACAGUGCUCGCAAUGAUCUUCCUGUUCUACGGCGUCGCUGGACUUGCGUGGCCGGGUUUGACCGUGUCAUAUACGGUAGAGAUCUUACCAUACCAAAUCAGGGCCAAGGGGUUGACGCUAUGCUUCUGCUUCACGGCAUUGAGCGGAGUGUUCAAUCAGUAUGUCAACCCAAUCGGAAUUGAGAACCUGAGAUGGAAGUUCUAUUUCUUUUACAUUGCGAUCUUGGUUAUUGAGUGCUUGGUCAUCUAUUUCUACUUCGUAGAGACUCGGGGACCGACACUGGAAGAGAUUGCUCAGCUCUUCGAUGGGGAUUAUGCAGCGAUAGCAGCAGCUAUGCCAGUGUCGAGGAAUGCGUUAGUGGCAGAUGUAGAGAAGGAAUUGGAGAGAAGGGCGAGCGUUUACAACGCCACGACACAUUCUAUUACUAAGUAG